AUGACGCCGUCAUCCUCAAAGCACAAGCGACAGUCGUCAUCGCUGCAUAGUGCAUCUCUGGCUGCUCAGAAGACCGAAGUCAAGAUUCAUGUUUACGACCUCCUACCACCAGGUCGUCUCUCCAAUUUUCUUUGGACCCUCGGCGGCUCCCUACUACAUUCCGGCGUCGUCAUCAACGAACGAGAAUAUGCAUAUGGCGGCCAUGAUCGCAAAGGCGUCAGCGGAGUAUAUUGGACAAAACCCAAACUCGAACCACCAGGUGGAACCUUUCGCUGUGAAAUCCUCCACGGCUUUUCCGUCUUGUCCCAAGAAGAAAUCACCGACAUAAUCAACGACACUUCGAGGAUAUUCCAGGGUACCAAGUACAAUCUGCUCAGCAACAACUGCAACCACUUCUCUUCGUAUCUAUGUGAGAGAUUGACUGGCAGACCAGGACCUGCGUGGUUGAACAGAGCUGCUAGCGUUGGUCUUGCACUGCCGUGCGUCGUCCCUAAAGAAUGGAUCACUCCGCCCGACCAUGAAACCGCAGAUGGAGAACUGGUUGACGAGGAAGAGGAAGACCAUGAUGACGAUGAGAGAGCAGCCAUGUUACCUCGAGACAAAAGAAGAAACCGCGACCAGGUCAGCAAUCAGCGCAUUACUUCCAGAAACAAGACGCCGCCGCCACGACUUGUUUCUGUCAAAGACACUAGUGGCAGAGAAAUGCCUGUCAGCGAGAGGGCACCGAUGCCUAAGAGAUGA